UUAUAAGCAGGAUUAGUUGGAACUUAAAUUAACUUGCUUGCGUAUACUACAUUGACUAAUGAACGAGUUUAGAAAUGGAUAUUGAACUGCUCACUUUUCUCAUUCAUGUUCAGCUACGACACUUAACUAAGCAAAUCAGCUACAACUAUUCCUCUUCUAUUCUCAAUUUCUCAUACUAUAUCUUAUGAUGAGGAUUUGAAUUGUGAGUGUUAGAUAUAAUGAGUAUUUCAACAUUUCUUGUAGUAGUUUUGUUCCUUGUGUGUUCAAUUCUAGUACUUGGUGAAGAAAAGUUAGAUAAAGAAACAACUUUUAGAGUGCUUUUGGAAGUGAAAAAAUCUUUUGUACAAGACCCAGAAAAUGUUUUGAGUGAUUGGUCAGAAGAAAACACAGAUUACUGUAGUUGGAGAGGUGUUUCAUGUGGUUUGAACUCGUUGGUUGAGGACUCAGUGCAUGUGGUGGGACUCAACCUUUCUUAUUCGUCACUCACUGGGUCAGUUUCACCUGAACUCGGUCGUUUGAAAAACUUGAUUUUUCUUGAUCUUUCUUCUAAUGGUCUCACGGGUCCUAUUCCAUUGAAUCUUUCUAACCUUGUUUCAUUGGAAUCUCUGCUUCUGUUUUCUAACCAACUCAAUGGCUCUGUUCCCACUGAGUUUGGCUCGCUGACGAGUCUCCGAGUCAUGCGACUCGGUGACAAUGCGUUAACCGGUAUGAUUCCGGCGUCUCUUGGGAAAUUGGUUAAGUUGGUGAGUCUUGGUCUAGCUUCAUGUGAGCUGACCGGGUCGAUUCCACCUGAACUCGGUCAACUCGGUCUCCUGGAGAAUCUGGUUCUGCAGGAGAACGAGUUGAUAGGUCCGAUUCCGUCCGAGUUAGGAAACUGCUCAAGCCUCAUAGCCUUCACUGCUGCUAACAACAAACUCAAUGGCUCAAUUCCGAGUGAAUUGGGUCAACUCGAGAAUCUACAAAUUCUCAACCUUGGUAACAAUAGUUUAACAGGGGAGAUUCCGAGUCAACUCGGUAAUAUGAGUGAACUCGUUUAUCUCAACUUCAUGGGGAACCAGCUUGAAGGUGCAAUUCCACCGUCUCUAGCUCAACUGGGUAACCUUCAAAAACUUGACUUGUCUAUGAACAAGCUCAGUGGAGGGAUUCCAGAGGAGUUCGGCGACAUGGGUCAGUUAAGUUUCAUGGUUCUGUCGGGUAACAACCUUAAUAAUGUCAUACCAAGAACAAUAUGUUCCAAUGCAACAAAUUUGGAGCAUUUGAUGCUAUCAGAAAGUGGACUUUAUGGUGAGAUUCCAGCUGAACUGAGUCAGUGUCAGUCACUGAAACAACUUGACUUGUCGAACAAUUCACUCAAUGGAUCCAUACCUCUUGAGAUUUAUGGGUUGGUGGAGUUAACUGAUCUUUUGCUAAACAACAAUAGCUUGGUUGGUUUCAUCUCUCCAUUCAUAGGAAACUUCAGCAACUUGCAGACACUUGCAUUGUAUCACAACAAUUUGAAGGGUGAUCUUCCGAGAGAGAUUGGAAUGCUUGGGAAGUUGGAAAUUUUAUAUCUUUAUGAUAAUCAAUUAUCUGGGGCUAUACCUAUGGAGAUUGGUAACUGUUCGAGUUUGCAAAUGAUUGAUUUCUUUGGCAACAGAUUCAAGGGGGAAAUUCCCAUCACUAUUGGAAGGCUGAAAGAGUUGAAUUUUCUUCACCUCAGGCAGAAUGAGCUUGUGGGUGAAAUUCCUGCCAGUUUAGGUAACUGUCAUAAACUGAAGAUCAUGAGUUUGGCUGACAAUCGGCUCUCCGGUGCAAUUCCUGCAACAUUUGGAUUCCUCGACUCAUUGCAACAGCUCAUGCUCUACAACAAUUCUCUUGAAGGUAACCUUCCUCACCAGUUGAUAAAUAUAGCAAACUUGACUAGAGUGAAUCUUUCAAAGAACAGACUGAAUGGUAGUAUAGCUGCACUAUGUAGCUCUCAAUUGUUUAUUUCUUUUGAUGUUACCGACAAUGAGUUUGAUGGUGAAAUUCCGCCUCAAUUGGGAAACUCACCUUCCCUGAAGAGGCUAAGUUUAGGCAACAACAAUUUUUCUGGUGAAAUUCCAAGGACCUUGGGAAAACUUCAUCACCUGUCAUUGUUAGACCUGUCAGGAAAUUCGCUCACCGGACCAAUACCCACCGAGCUUUCUUUGUGUAAUAAACUGGCUUACAUUGAUUUAAACAGUAAUCUUCUUAAUGGACAAAUACCGUCAUGGUUUGGAAAAUUGCCUCAGUUGGGAGAGCUUAAGCUCUCUUCCAAUAACUUUUCUGGACCUCUUCCAUUAGGCCUAUUCAAAUGCUCCAAAUUACUAGUUCUCUCUCUCAAUGACAAUUCACUCAAUGGAAGCCUCCCAGCUGAUAUAGGAGAGCUUACAUAUCUUAAUGUCCUCCGACUUGACAUUAAUGAGUUCUCGGGACCAAUUCCUCGCGAGAUAGGUAAGUUGAGCAAGCUUUAUGAGCUUCAACUCUCUAGGAAUAGCUUUAAUGGUGAAAUGCCAAGUGAGAUCGGAAAGCUUCAAAAUCUACAAGUCAUUUUAGACCUUGGUUACAAUAAUCUCUCAGGUGGCAUACCACCUUCUCUAGGGACUAUGUCGAAAUUAGAAACACUUGAUCUUUCCCACAAUCAACUCACUGGUGAAAUCCCUCCACAAGUUGGUGAAAUGAGCAGCUUGGAAAAGCUUGAUCUCUCUUUCAACAACCUUCAAGGGAAAUUGGACAAGAAAUUCUCCCGGUGGCCAAAUGAGGUAUUUAAAGGAAACUUAAAUCUUUGUGGAAGCCCUCUUGACCGUUGUGAAGGUGAUGAUACUUCUGGCAGUAAGCCGUCGGGCCUAAGCGAGUCAUCGGUAGCGAUAAUAUCUGUCGUUUCAACUUUAGCCGCAAUUGCACUAUUGAUACUUUCAGCAAGAAUCUUCUGCAAAAACAAGCAAGAUUUUUCAAGGGAAGACAGCAAAGUGACUUCUUAUGUCUACUCUUCCUCUUCGUCACAAGCACAGAGACGACCGCUUUUCCAGCUAAGAGCUGCUGGAAAGAUGGAUUUCAGGUGGGAAGAUAUUAUGGAUGCAACGAACAAUCUAAAUGAUGAGUUCAUGAUUGGGUCAGGAGGUUCAGGGAAAAUCUACAAAGCUGAGUUGGCCACUGGAGAGACUGUUGCUGUCAAGAAGAUUUCAUCAAAAGACGGUUUUCUGCUAAACAAAAGCUUCUUGAGAGAAGUUAAUACACUGGGGAGAAUAAAGCAUAGACAUCUGGUGAAGCUAAUAGGGUUCUGUAGCAAUAGAAACAAAGGAACGGGUUGGAAUCUAUUGAUAUAUGAGUAUAUGGAGAAUGGAAGUUUAUGGGAUUGGCUUCAUGGAAAACCAGGCAAUGCGAGGAAAGUAAAGAAGAGCCUUGAUUGGGAGACAAGGUUCAAAAUUGCUGUGGGAUUAGCUCAAGGAGUGGAGUACCUGCACCACGAUUGUACGCCGAAGAUCAUUCACAGAGAUAUCAAAUCAAGCAACAUAUUGCUAGAUUCCAAAAUGGAGGCACACUUGGGAGAUUUUGGACUGGCAAAAGCACUCAUUGAAAGUGAUGAUGACUCGAACACUGAGUUGAAUUCUUGUUUUGCCGGGUCUUAUGGCUACAUGGCUCCAGAGUAUGCGUUCUCCCUGCAUUCAACAGAAAAAAAUGAUGUUUUCAGCAUGGGAAUAGUUCUUAUGGAACUUGUUAGUGGUAAAAUGCCAACAAGUGACUUUUUUGGAGCUGAUAUGGACAUGGUGAGAUGGGUAGAGAUGCAUAUUGACAUGCAUCGCUCUACCUGUGAGAAAUUGAUAGACCCUGAACUGAAACCUCUUUUACCUAGUGAAGAGUUUGCUGCAUUUCAAGUGCUUGAGAUAGCCUUGCGGUGCACGAAAGCUACACCACAGGAGAGGCCGUCUUCAAGGAAAGCAUGUGAUCUUCUUCUCCAUGCAUUCAACAACAGAAUGACAGACUUUGGGAAGAAGAAUCUGGAUAAUUACAAGUAAACUUGUUUCCAAAGACUGAAAUGAAACGUAGUAUUGCCAAACUUGUGUCCAUGAACCUUUUUUGCUCAUUUGUUUUUCUUUUUUCAUAUUUAAAUUGUAAAGAAACAGUGGCAUAGUUGCUGUUAUGAUGUACAUGUUACAACCAUUAACAAAAUGUGACAGUACUUUCCAUUAAUUUUCAUUGUAAGAUUCUAUAAUAUAACAAUAUCCUUGCCUCAUGUCUUUCAAACAUGAGACAAUAAUCAAAGGUGGUUCUUUCUUUAACUA